AGCGGUCGAGUACGGUCCUGGCGUUUAGUUGACGUCUCCGCUCGGUCGGCGGCGCACAGGUCAGAUUCUUGUCGAGACACGAGGCUUUGCACGUUUCCACGACGCUUGUACGUCCGUGACCCGUGGCUAAGUCACCGCUUGAUCAUGAUCCGAUCAGUACCAGCUGACUUGUUCGUCAGGAUGUUUGUCCGCGUUGUGUUGUUGUCGCGUUUUUAAGGAACCUCGGUCCCGUUUCUCUCUCGCGAAUAAAUCGUUAGUUAGCGGUGCUCGUAGGGUGUACACGUCGACGAAACAGAACGCGAACGACACGCUUAAAUCGAGGUGUAAAUGCGCUAUGCGCGGUGGAAUGGCGGCAGUGGUGAGUGUCGUGAUGGUGUUUUGAAAGGACACGUUUACCCACGUGGAACGCGGUGCCAGUUUUCGUCGUCGGCCGUACGAACAGUAAGGACAGAAGGAAGAAAGGAAAAGGCGAACGAGACAGGAAAGGACACUCGAGCCGGAGGCGAGUCGCGGAGGCAGAGAAGAAAAAGAAAAAGCGAAGGGACGGGAGAGAGGUGGAUAGAAAACGGCGACGAGCGAAAGACAGAGGGGCAAAAAAAAAAAAAAGAUAGAAUGAAGAUGCCGAGACGCCGAGUGACUCUUGUUUGAUCGUGAAUAACACGUGGGGAAACGACGCGGGAGAGGGUUUCCCCCUGUAAACCAACUAUUUUCUCGCCCGAUAUAAUGGGAGGACACGCCAAAGAAUUCCCGUAUCUUGACGAUCGAUCGUUCCUCGGCGCGACGAAGGUGCACGACAAACGCUGGAAAACGGCAUCCUGUCGCACGAAUACGCGCAAACGUGAUUUUGGACUAUCGGCGUGCCGAGUAAUGUGGGACACGGCAGUGGUGCUCGAGUAGUGAUUGUGUUAUCGACGUGUCAUCAUCGCGGCUCGAAUCCACUUUGCGGACUGGAAUGUAAUACGUAUCUAUGAGACACGCGAGUGGAUCCGAACAGGGAAACCAUGAGGGCCAGGAAGUUGUUGAACCUCGACAGACAGCUUCUCUGAACGAAGCCGCGAUGUGAUCAUCGGUGCCCCCGGAACUUCCCAAAGAGACUUUUGCUAGUAGAAACCGUGAUCGCGGAGAGGAGAGAGAGGGUUCUCGUAGCUCGCGAGUCCCCUUCGAUGGAAAUCGGAAGUCUUUGCAAGGUCGUUGCUGGAGCUUUCGGGCGAAGGUAUCCUCGGCGGCCGGAAACAGUUCGAUCCAGGAUACAACGCGAGCGUUCGAAAAUUGCAGUCUAUGCGGGACGUGGAAGGGAGAGUAUGAGACGCAAAGGUUCGUAACGAGGUCGACGGGGAGCCAUUAACCGAGCAGCUGCAACAGUUCGUCGUUCUUGAUCGUUCGCGCGAAGUAGAAAGUCGAAAUCUUCGCGAAGAACCGAGGAACUUGAUCCGAUUCCAAAUUACGCGGGUCUACGGAUUCUCGGUGCGUAACCGGGAGAGGAAGAUCGAUAGAUCGCGAGGGAGCGUGUUGCCGAUGUUGUUGGCUCGGUAAUCGAGCUAGUCAAGGUUCGUAAUAGUCUUUGUACGCGCGGGUCCGCCUCGACGACGAUCGAUCGUCGGCCGAUUGAUUGGGAGAAGCGUGCGGAGGUGGAAGAACCGAAGGGGUGGGAUAAUUUAAGAAGGUUUGACGAUAGCUUCGUCAAUAGUACAGUGUCGAUGAGACAAGGAGAUGAGGAUGAGGUGGUGGUCGCUGCUGAUCGUGUUCCUUUGCGUCGCGGCGCGCCUGGCGUGCUGCCAGGAGAAGAGCUGGUCCGAGACGACGAAUUACCGCGACAAAACCGCUAAGGGCAAAUACGAUCCCGAUUAUGUGGACAGGAAGAACGCCGCCGGCCUUCGCGAGGACGGAUACCGCGAACGCGGCGACUCGAUCGUUCUCUACGACGAUCAAGAGUUCUACGAUCAAAUCGAUUCCCAUAGGAACAACAGAGCGAUCGAUGCUUCCAGAUCGACGGAAGCGAACGCGAAACUGAACCAGCAGUCCGGCCAGCUGUCGAAUCUUCCGAAACCGAUCGUCAAGUCGACGGACACGGUCCACAGAAGGCCCACGGGAAGAAUAAAAAGUAUAAUGAUCGGGGACGGUAUUUGCCACAGUAUAGACAUUCGGAACAGCGUGGCGCACUUCGCGAUCUUGAAGAACUGCCGCGUGAUAGAGGGUGAUCUGCAGAUCGUCUUGAUCGAGGACAGUACCGAGACAGACUUUCAGAACAUUCACUUUCCCGAGCUUCGAGAGAUCACCGGUUAUCUGUUGUUCUAUCGUGUUAACGGACUAAAGAGCCUCGUGAAUCUGUUCCCGAAUCUCGAGGUGAUCAGAGGGAACGCCCUGCUCACCGAUUACGCGUUUAUGUUGUACGAGAUGCAGAAUCUCCAAGAGAUCGGGCUGAAGAAACUCACGGAAAUCUCGAGGGGCAGCGUUCGCAUCGAGAAGAACCCGGCUCUCUGUUACACCAACACCCUCAACUGGACCCUUAUCGUUUCGGUGGGCGAAAAUGUUAUCAAAGACAACGGGGAGGAAGCUUCUUGUCCCGGAUGUUCCCAUUGUCCGGAGGGUUUCUGUUGGACGGCUCAGCACUGUCAAAGGAUAGAAACGCCAAAGUGUCACGAACAGUGUCUCGGGGAGUGUCACGGGCCAUCGGACAGCGAAUGCUACGUCUGCAAGCACUAUAGACACAAAGGGAAAUGCAUCCAAACCUGUCCUAGUCACCUAUACGCCUAUCUUUCGAGACGCUGCGUCACGAAGGACGAGUGCAUACAAAUUAAUCGUUUGAAGAGGUUGCACCACCAAAAAUUGGAGGAGGGACAGUCUUGGCGACCGUUCAAUGGGACUUGCAUGAUUCAGUGUCCUGACGGGUAUGAAGAUGCGCUCGAUGAGAACAAUAUGACCACGUGUCGAGUUUGCGAGACACACUGCCGGAAGGUCAGCCACGGUGCUUUGAUACGUCAUAUCUCGGACGCUCAAAGCUUCCGUGGCAUAACCGUGGUGAAAGGUGCUCUGGAGUUCCAGAUCGGGAACGAUUACUCGAACAUAAUGAACGAACUGAGCGAAGCGUUUGGCCUAAUCGAGGAGAUCACGGACUAUUUGAAGAUCACUCGUUCGUUCCCCAUCACGUCGCUGGGAUUUUUUAAAAAGCUCAAAGUCAUCAAGGGGGAAACCUUGGACACGACCGACGCGAGUCUGGCCGUACUCGAUAACCCGAACUUGUCGAAUCUGUUCCCGCCGGAGCAGAAGAUCAAAAUCGAAAGGGGUAAGCUAUUCUUUCAUUACAAUCCGAAGCUGUGUCUAUCCAAGAUCAUACAGUUGAGCAAGAUGGUGAACAUGUCGAACUUCACGGAUCUGGAGGUGCAACCUGAGUCGAACGGCGACAAAGUGGCCUGCGACAUCGUCAACAUAAACAUCACCGUGAAGAAUCUAGGGGCAGAUUACGUGGAUUUGAUCUGGGAUAGUUACAAGCCACCGGAAGGCCAGCAGUUGCUCAGCUACCUGUUGAACUACAUCGAAACGGAGAACGUAAAUAUCAGUUACGAGGUGAACAACUGCGGCAGCAACAACACCUGGCAAAUACUCGACGUCGAUAUUCCAAAAUUGAACUCUACCGUUUCCAAACAUAUCACGAACUUGAAACCGUACACCAGGUACGGGGUUUACGUCAAGACCUUCAUCGCCAGGAAUAUGAACUUCUCCGCGAACCCGGUGGGUCAGUCGGAGAUCAUAUUCUUUCGAACGAAAAGCGCCAUACCCUCGCGUCCGACGAACGUGAUCGCCACUCCUCUGUCCGAAAACGAGAUACUGGUCAGGUGGCAGCCCCCCCUACGCUUUCCUAACAGCAUCAUAGGCUACUAUAUAGUCUCCAGGACCAUAAUACCCGAGGAGCAAGAUCUGAUCUCGUUGCGCGAUUACUGCAACGAUACGCUGGAGAACGAAUUCGAGACCGGGGAGGUGGUGUCCGAAAUGAUCGACAAGACGCCGGUCUCGAACGCUGCCUCUUGUUGCUCGAAGAACGGGAGGAACAAUUGGGUCGCGUCGAACAACAAGUUCGAGAUAUACUGUCACGAGAACAUAACCAUCAGCAACGUAUCGCCCGGCUGGAAGGACUAUUGCGUCUACAACAACUACAAUUCCAUGAACAAUUUCUACGAGCUGGCGAACAAUUUUUCCUCUCAAUCGGAGAAGGGAAACUUCAAGGGUUACAUGAACGAGGCGACAGUCGUCUACAACGUGAGCAACUGGAGCAACUAUUCGUUCGUGGUUAAAGACCUGCGUCACUAUUCGCGGUAUAUCGUGUCCGUGUCCGCGUGUGCCACCAAGGUGGACGAAUCGCAGAUGUGUUCGUCGAUCGAGUAUGCAUACGCCAGAACGAAGAGGCGGGAACACGCGGACGAUGUCUGCAACGUCAAGGUUCGUGUGACGAACAACACUAUCGUGGAGGUGUCUUGGGACUUGGUGAAAGACCCGAACGCGGUCACGGUCUCGUACACCAUAGAGUACACGAACCUGGACAUCAGGGACGCGAAGAAGAGCACCGAGUGCAUACCGCACACAGGCCGCAAGGAGAAGUUCAACAGUUACUUCAUCAAGAACUUGAGUCCGGGCAAGUAUAGUCUACGGAUGCGGUCCACGUCGCUGGCGGGGGACGGUGUCUUCUCGGACAUGGUUUAUUUUACCUUGGGCGCCUCGAACACCGCCCCCAUCACGCUGAUCUCGUUGCUCACUAUGGCUGUUCUUUCCGUGAUCCUGAUCGUGAUGUUCCUGUUCUUGAGAAACGAGCACAAGAAAAGGAAGCAGGAGAGGUUGAUAGCCAGCGUGAACCCGGACUACAUAGAGAUCAAGUACGUGAUCGAUGAGUGGGAGGUGCCCAGAGAGAGCGUCGAGAUCCUGCAGGAGCUGGGUCUUGGUAACUUUGGCAUGGUGUAUCGCGGAUACUUUGACAAGUCCACGCCGGUGGCCAUAAAAACCAUCUCGAAAACGGCCAGUCAACGGGAGAAGAACGAGUUCCUGAACGAGGCUUCGGUGAUGAAGAACUUCUCCACUUACCACAUCAUCAAGCUUCUGGGCGUCGUGUCCAUCGAGAAUCCCCCGUUCGUCAUCAUGGAGUUGAUGGAGAACGGGGAUUUGAAGACGUAUUUGCGUCGUAUUCGCGACACCCAUCUGAUCCCGGACUCGUGCAGAAUAAUGAGAAUGGCGGCGGAAAUUGCGGAUGGAAUGGCCUACCUGGAGUCGAAGAAGUACGUUCAUCGCGACCUGGCGGCGAGGAACUGCAUGAUCUCGGAGAAUCUGGUGUGCAAGAUCGGUGACUUUGGCAUGGCGAGGGACAUUUACGAAACCGACUACUACAAGAUAGGGAGAAAAGGACUGUUGCCUAUAAGGUGGAUGGCGCCCGAGAACCUUUCGGACGGCGUGUUUACCUCCGACUCGGACGUCUGGUCCUACGGCGUGGUUCUUUACGAAAUUUUGACUCUCGCCGCCAUGCCUUAUCAAGGAUUCUCGAACGAGGAGGUGCUCAGUCACGUACUGCACAAAGGAACCCUCAGUAUACCGCGCAAUUGUCCCGAGAACAUGCAGAUGAUCAUGGAAAAGUGUUUCAAGUGGCGGCCCAACGACCGUCCCACCUUCAUGGAGAUCGUGGCCGAGCUCGAACCGUUCCUCAGCCAAGACUUUUGCGAGAAAUCGUUCUACCACUCCGCGGAGGGCGUAGAGAGUCGGAACUUGGGUAUCAAGAAACCUUAUCAUCCCCCCGCGCCUAUUAAGUUUCAUUGGGGAAACGAGACUGCCAGGUGGGUGAAGGAGUUCGAGGAUAACGUGACGCUUCUCGAUCAGACUAAAGCCGGCACUAGCAGAGGCCGUAUCUUCAAGAACGGUUUCCAGCAUUUUGGUAACGUAACUAACUUGGAAAACGUACCUCUCGAUCGGUGAGAUCGAUCAUCGCGUAGCUAAUUCUCGACGUGUUCUACGACACCUUCGCAAGUGACAGACUCUUGUAGAUGCAAUGCACGAUGGCGACCAGCCAUUAAAAAGAUUUUCAUCGUUUCUCGUGUUCGAGUCCGUACACGAGCUUAACCAAAAGCGUUUGUGCGCCCGGUGUGCGACGAACCGUGCAGACGCAAAGAGUGUUUCCUAAAGCGCAACCAAAAGCUCUUCACUUCUCAGUCAUGCAAGUCUACGAACUGUUCAUUCCUUGAAAAGGUAACUUUUACCAUUGUCCUGUCGCGUGGAUAUACAGCGGUGGCCAUAUAAUUAUCGACCUUUGAACAUUUCAACCUUUAUUGCAACAUUAAAUGCGGUUAAUCGGAAAUUUCUUGAAUAUACGUAUAAUAAGUGUAAUUCAUUACUCUAGAUCAAACACUGUUUUAGGGAAUAGUCGAAAAAUUUUUGCUUACAUUCCAAUACUAAAAAAAAUAUUAACAUCUUUAAUUUCAAAGGCAGUACAAGUAUUUUAAGCGGACGCUAGUUUUAAAAAUUGAUUUUUAACUCGUCCUUAAGUAUAUGACCGCCACUGUACGUUGUCUAGAGUAGCGGAUUCUUACGCUCUAGAGAACCACGCGUUAUAAUAACCGUAGAGCCUCCUAACGCGCAAAGAACUGAUUAAUCUUAUACGGAAUUGCUGCGUCGUCGUAGAGUCGUCUGCUAUGUUGUGCAACAGCGUAGAAUGAAUUCUUUAUUAUUUGAUGUUCGUUGGACGCAGAGAACGUUGGUUCUGGAUAAAUGGACACGUUUGUGGAUAAGUUUUUUUUUUUUCCUUUUCUGUUAGGUUCGUACUUAGGUGCUGUCCACAACGCAAGGUUUAAUACUUUGGGUUAUUUCUUUUACAAAUAACGCAUGUUAUCGACUAUUUAAUUACUUAUUUAAGACGUAGGAGGAUUAAGAUACUGUAAAAAGCAGGGAGGGAGGGGAAUGAAAUUAAUUGCUAAGCGCAAGCGUACAGAGAAAGAAACAAUUCGUUGAAUACUUCGUUCGUCGGGCGUUUCUUCUGGCCGUUUCCGGAGAAACGAUCGAACGAAAUUUAUAAUUGUCGUGUUCCAUCGCCAAGGAAAUCUCUUGGCGCGUCAAGGUUUACGUAUACAUAUCUAUUAAUACUCUCACCGUUAGAAAUUUCUCAAAGGACUUGGUAAAAUUACGGCAAUUGUUCUGGUUUCCGUGCGUUCGCGAUAGAUCCAGAUUUUUCUAUAUCUUCCGUACGAACGAUCCAAGCUGUUUUUCUUCGUCGUUGAUGCAAAAUUAUCGGAUAUUCGAAACGUUCAUAGGCCGGGAUCAAAAUCAAUUGGCCGAUCAAGUCCGUACCGUUAGACUUGUCCAUCAGACCCACGCACACUCUCUCUUUUUCUCUUUCGAGCAGGAAAUCAAGCUGGCAUGAGACAAAAGUAGAAAUUGUGCCUGACAUGAUUCACAAUGGGGGGGAUUGGCCUUGAGCGGUCGGUCGAGUUUGAUCCAACUAUAGUUAGCGAUCCUUUUCCUCUUAGGUACAGUACUAUGCGAGAGAAAGUACAGUAGCACUCCAUACGUUCAAACCAUUCGAUCAAUUAGUAUGCCCUUGUAACAAUACUUGACCGAUUUUCUUUUUGCCAACCGGAUUAGGUUCCAUGGAGUAAUCGGUUCGUUUUGAUCGAACUGUUUCUUUAUCUCGUAACGGAAACGAUUACAAUUUCUUACUUUUCGAUCUAUCGAGUCCUGCCAAA